AUGGUCCCCGCCCGCGGCCAUCAUCGCAACCAGGCAUCUCUGGAGAAAAUCAUCAACUUUUCCGCCCCCGAACCCUUGACAGCAGACCAGCGCUCCGAGACCCGUGACAGGUUCUAUGCUGUCAUCAAUCAUUUCAGUGCCACUGAUAGAAGGGAUGGAUACAGCCGCCCGCUACUUGUCCGGUAUACGUUUGAGUAUGCACGCUCUGAGCUGUCGCAGGAUAUCUUUCUGCGUGCCUUCUUUGAAUUUAUGAACCUGGGUCUUACCAGUGAUGAUGAUAUUGAUUUUGAUGACGAUCAGCUGGACAACGCUAAGGCUUCUGGUCACCACACCGCCCAGCCCUCACCCGCUCAUCUGUCAGUUAUUCAGCGAGCGCAAGGAGGAAUACAUGAAUUUACUGCCACCCCUGAUCGACUCUCAGUCCUUCGAGGUAUUUGCCUUAUCCGUGACCGGAAUCGUUGCGUGAUUUCGCGCAUAUUCGAUCAGGACGAAGCAAUAAGUCGUCUGGAGCGACAUGGGAAUAAUGCUCGGGACGACAAUGGGCAGCUACUCCUUGGAGAGGAGUUUCUGACUCUAGAGGUGGCACACAUACUUCCACAUGCCCUGACUCAGGCAAAGGCAGAUUCUCAGUUGGACGAUUCCAAAAAAGCUGCCCUAAUGAUUCUCAACAUGUUCGAUUUCAAUGUUUCACACCUGAUUAAUGGUGUUGAUAUCGAUCGGCCAUUCAAUGCUAUCAGUCUUACCCAGAAUCUCCAUGGCCUAUUUGGCAAGUUCAAAAUCUUCUUUGAACCGGUUCCUGGCCAGGAACAUACCUAUCGAAUUGAUUCCUGCCUCCCCCCGGGUGCCGUACGAGCUGUCCCCGUCACUCGGACCCUCUAUCUCACACCUGACCGCUCAAUCGAACCCCCGUUGCCCCGGCUCCUUGCGAUACACAGUGCCAUUUGUCAUAUUCUCCAGCUCUCUGGUGCUGGGCAAUACAUUGACAAGAUUCUCCAGGAUCUGGAGGAGAUUGGUACCCGAGAGGACGGGUCAACCGACCUGGGCCGUUUAGUGAACCUGAGAUUGGGUGGUUGGCUAGACGGCGCCGUUGAUGUCCACUGA